CUCGACACGAACAGUUCUCCUUCUGUUGUGUUUACGGUUUGCCGCGACGUAAACAACCGAAGAGCCGAGCUUACGCUCCCGCGCCCCACGGCCCCAAACGUGCUUGUUGUAAUUGCAAUUAAUAGCAGUCGGUAGUCGGUGGCCGAAAAAAAUUCGGUAGUUGACAAAAAAAAGGGCAAAAAGCACAAGUACAGAAACUUGCGAGCGCGUGUGUGUGCUGGUGUGCGUAGGUGUGUGUGUAUAUUUUUGGCGUGCGCGGCCAUUUUUUCUUAUUGCCACUCGAGAGUCUCUUCUGUGUGCGAAAGAGAGGCCCGACCGCAAAGAAGAACGUAAAACUACGCAAAUCCAAAUAACAAUCCCCACUAAAUUCGCCAAUUUGCGCAAAAUAAAUCAAUUGUGCGGGGAAGUCGAAAACAAACAAACGUUCAAAAAUAAAGCGGCGCAAACCACAAACAAUUGUGUGUGUUUUUGUGCGAAAGAGGUGAGCACACCCACACCCAUCCACCCACAAAUCAGUAGGCGAACACGUGCUCCAAAAUAUCAACAAAAGUUGGCCCACAAAUAAGGGCAAAAACUGCAUCGGCCGGACACAGCGGGCCGGAACACAAAAGACAUUUUUAAAUUGCACAAAAACGCGCCGAGUUGUGUAAGCCCGCCAGUGGAGUGUCGACUUCCCGACGACGAAGACCAUCGCUUCGUUCCCUCACUUGCACCGGAUAGUCUCAGCUCGCUGACCACGCCCCCAAGCUGGACGCUCGCACCAUCGCCUACCGCCCGCUGACCCUUGGCGGCCAUCAGACGCCGCUUAUGGCCGAACUGCCGACGGCGCCGAACGGCGUCCCCAGCGGCGAUUAUCUGCAUCGCUCCAUCGAUCAGCUGCGCUCAUUGGGCCACCUGACCACGGCCCAAUUGGUCCACGACUACAAGCCCUUCAACAUCAGCGAAUUCCGUCAAAAUGUCGCGGAACGGCUGGACUACUCAUUGAAGAACGGCCUGGUGCAGCACCAGCAGCAAAUGGUCAUGGAGCAGCAGCCACAUCCCGAUCCCCAGCAGCAGCAGCAUCUCCACCACCCACAGCAGCAGCAGCAGCAACAGCACCCGCCGCAGCUGAAGGUCAGCUACAGUGCGCCCAACUCGCCGCCCACGCCCCACGAGCAACAGGAGCAGAAGUAUGAUCCGAGUCGAUCGCCGCCGCGACAGCAGAUGAGCAGCGCCAGUGGGAGCGGCAGCAAUGGAUCCUCGCCGGAGGAGGAGGGUCGCCGGGGCGAUGGCGACCAGGCGAAGCCCUACAAGUGCGCCUCGUGCAGCAAAUCCUUCGCCAACUCAUCGUACCUGUCGCAGCACACGCGGAUCCACUUGGGGAUCAAGCCAUACCGCUGCGAGAUCUGCCAGCGCAAGUUCACGCAGCUGUCGCACCUGCAGCAGCACAUCCGCACGCACACGGGUGACAAACCGUACAAAUGCCGGCACGCCGGCUGCCCGAAGGCCUUCUCGCAGCUCUCGAACCUGCAGUCGCACUCGCGUUGCCAUCAGACCGACAAGCCGUUCAAGUGCAACUCCUGCUACAAGUGUUUCGGCGACGAGAUGACCCUGCUGGAGCACAUUCCCAAGCACAAGGACUCCAAGCACCUGAAGACGCACAUCUGCAGUUUGUGUGGCAAAUCGUACACGCAGGAGACCUACCUGCAGAAGCAUCUGCAGAAGCACGCCGAGAAGGCGGAGAAGCAACAGCACAGGCACACGGCCCAGGUGGCUGCCCACCAGCAGCAUGUGCCGGCGAGCGGGAUCGGCUUGAAUCUGCAGCGUCAGGCCAUGAACGAUGUGAAUGCCGCCUACUGGGCCAAGAUGGGGGCGGACAGUGCGGCAGCAUCGCUGGCGGAGGCCAUUCAACAGCAGUUGCCGCAGACCGGCGGUCAGCCGUACGGCAACUUUGCCUCCCUGCAGCAUCAGCAACAGCAUCAAGAGCUGCUGCAGCAGCAUCAUCAGCGGCUGGCCGACACGCCAGGACACUCGCACAGUCCACACGAGGAGGCCGCUGGCGAGGAUCUUGUCUUGCGCCAGUCCACUCCGCAACAUCACCUUCAGCAGCAGGCGCAGGCGCAGGCGCAGCAGCAGCAACAACAACAGGCGCAGCACCAGCCAUCGCCUGGACCCGGUUCCUCCGCCUUUACCCCACUGGCAGCCACAGUGGCUCCACCACCUCCGCCCCAUUUGCAACAGCAUCGCGGACCGCCGGCGGCCACCGCCGCCUAUCUCUAUCAGCAGAAUGCGGCGGCAGCAGCGGCCGCUUUCCCCACGCAGCUCAUCUCGCUGCACCAGAUCCGGAACUACGCCCACCAGCCCGGAGCGGCGGGCCUCAUCGCUGGCGAUCAUCUCACCCUGGGACUGAGUGCUGUGAAUGCCGCCAAGGAGAAGGCGCAAUAGUACAGGCCAGGUCGAGGCCAAAAGAGGCAGCAACGAUGACAUUAGCUUAAGGUCUCCGUUUAAACUGGCUUGGGUUCGAGGAAGAGGCUGAGUCAAACAAAAAACAUACAACAAAAUGUUGCUAAGUUCUACCUUCGAAUCCAUACCACUUGAAACUCUUCAAAAUAAAAUUAAGUUACUUUUAGUUAGAAGCAAGUUGGCGGAGGCGUAAGAGCUGGGAUUGUAAAUGGUGUCCAAGCCAAAAUCCUUCCUUCAGUUGUAUACGAUUCAGCCAAACAUCAAUUCCAUCACUGCCUCAACCAAUAUGGAAACCAACUGCAAUCCUUGAGUUCUUUCGCCUCCCUUUCAACUGUAGUUUGAAUAAUAUUUUAUAUAGGUCAACUCAGGAUUUUCUACAUGAUAUUAAGGCGCCCUCUUUUAAAUAUCUCUAAGCAAUAUUCUCAUUAAAGCUCUGAACUAAUUAAACAACUAUAGUUUGAAUAGCUCACAGUUUUAAUAUCAGCUAGGAGCCGUACAAAGUACUGCGAUAGACCCUAGAUAUAUUUUCUACAGUGUACAUAGUAUGUAAUUACGUGCUGUACAUUGAAACGUACCAAUUUAGCUCUAGUACCGUAGAUACUUUCUUAUUUAUCAACUAAAUAGCAGAUUAAGGAUAUUUUCUACUUAUUAAGCAGCCUGAAAGAGAAAUUGAGAAAUAAAGUUUUAAAUUAUUUAUAAACUAA